AUGGCUGUAGUGAAUUUUACGGUGCCGUCCGUCGGCGCAGCGACACCGGCGCUGUUAGUCACUACUCCUGCGCCUCUACACGUAGACCUUGACGACCUUCUUUUCUCUCCAACGGAUUACCAAGAAGAAAACACACCCCAGUACCCCGACAAUGAACCUUUUUCUCCGCCUCAAAAUCAACCUCAGCAGCGACGAUCAAAACUGCGAAAGCGAGCAGGCACUGCUUACCUUCCUCCUCCUCAACAAUACACGCAGUAUCAACGACAGGAUAUUCCACUCAACCCUUUCACUGGCCACGUACAUACUAGACUUGGUAUGGACAUUGCAAACCAGCGAGUUCAACAGGUCAACCCUCAGUAUGACAACACGGGACAAUAUGUUCACGAUCCAGCUGGAGACUAUGAUUACGAGCAAAGAAGAAAUAAGGAUGGUGCACUGCGCCCACCUUACAACCCCGGGUAUGCGGAUGCUCCUUAUCCGCCUGCAACCAUACCCGAUCAGGCAUCUAGUCGAAGGUUGGAUGGGAAUCCGAACCAGAACGUGAACAAAUACUUUGGAAAUAAUCCAGUGACAUCACCAACGCAGCAACCGCGAUCAGAUACAGGAACUAAAAGUGAUAACAGUGGUGGAAGUGACUAUAGUGCAGGUCGUAGCAAUUCAAACGCUCCCACCGAUCAGCCUCGUGGUUUUGCAAAAGUAGAAUCGGGAGGCUCUGGUGGUAAAACACAGUUGCAUGCAGUUCUUGAUUACGAUGAUGAUGAUUAUUAUGAUGACGCGUCAGGGUCAGACUCAAGGCAGCCAGCAGUGACGCCACUGCAGGGACCCAUACUUUUACGUAAUGGGUCCGUGCCUGUUGUACCACUCACGUCGUACCCCACAGUCAAUAAUGGCUCCUUUUACCAAAUACCCAUUCUUUGGACAGCACUGUCAGUCGCUCUGGGCUAUGAACUUCAAGGUCAAAUCAUCAGAGGAGUGCCGUGUGUCAAGCGAAAUUAUCAACUCUAUUGUCCCACCGCUGGCAACACCUAUCCUACAGACAAAAUAGAAAUGUUUAUAGACGAGAACAAGGCUUUAAUCAGGCGCAUGUAUGGCUCCUUUUCUAUACCAGGAGGUGGACGAGUGCGAAGGGCACCGGGAGUGCCUGACAUGCAUUCUGGGGACUCGUACUUCCGUCAUGUGAGGCAGACUUCAAACUCUAAGUUACCUGAUCCUCAAGUCAAUAGUACUGGCAGAAUAGACGCGUGUCAGAGCAAAACUGAAAUAAUAACACCAUAUUGGGCGUUGAAUUCAGCGAAGAAAGUUCGAGCUAUUGUUAAUACUAUGCACUUCGAACAGGCCAUACAUCAAGAAGUAUGCAGUAAGAAGUCAACGUCAAGGUGCUCUGGUGAAUGCAGUUGUGAACAAAAAUAUAAAUGGCAUCGUUUACUCGCUUAUGAUCCAAGCAAUGACUGCGCCGGCAUAUUUAUGGACUGGUUCCUAUUUCCAUCUUGUUGUGUUUGCCAGUGUGAUCCUUAA